CACAACAAUGAACAUUCUUGCUAGAUCUGCCCGUACUGCCAUUAAGCCUCUUGCUAUGGCCCGCUUUUAUGCCACUGAAGCUCCCGCUGCUUCCGAAGCUCUUCGUUUGACCUUUGUUGUUCCUCACAAGGCUAUUUAUAAGGCUACCGAUGUUCAUCAAGUAAAUUUAGCUGCUACUUCUGGUGACAUGGGUAUCCUUGCUAAUCACGUACCUACCAUUGAACAAUUAAAUCCUGGUGUUGUUGAAGUUAUCGAAAAUUCUGAAAUUACCAAGAAGUUUUUUGUUUCUGGCGGUUUUGCUACUAUUAAUCCCGACAAUUCUCUUAAUAUUAAUGCUGUUGAAGCCGUUCCUCUUGAAGAACUUUCCCUUGAGCGUGUUCAGGCAGGUCUUGCUGAAGCUCAACGUCAAGCUAGUAGUGCAGUUACUGAUAAGGAGAAAGCAAUUGCUAAGGUUGAAGUUGAAGUUUAUGAAGCUCUUCAAAGUGCUUUGUCAAAGUAAUUGUAUAAUACAAAGUUUUAUUAACUCUCUUAUAUACUCCUUUUUAUCAAAAAUAAACACAUAUUUAUAACGCUUU